CGCUCAGAUCCACACAUAAUUGUCUGACUCCGCGUCUCUCCCUAGUGUUGUAUUUAUCCUGGAGGAGAUGGAUAGGAGGCGCAUUGGUACACAGACACUAUGCCGAAUGGUGGCAGCGGACUCUUUAAAAAAAAGCGGUUACGACUGAUUUACCCAUGUGUGUACGCUAGUGAACGAUCAAACCUAUAAUUAAAAUGACAGAUCCUAAAUGUACUUUAAUGGGGUUUUUCUUAAUCUGUAAAACUGUAGAUAAGGAGCUUCAGUGCAACCCAUCAGCUAAUGUCCUUAAACUUUAAGAGACAUUUUGAUUUUAAAUUAAUUUCACAUACAACGUGACUGCUGGAGUCGGUGAGCAUUUUAGAGGAGAGUGGAUUUUUACAACGGCGAAAUCUCCUGCGUAAAAACCACCAUACAGAGCGAUCUACCUACAUUCUGGCUGUGAAAAUGCUCACCUAAAGACGCUUUGAGGGUUUGCAGCGAGACUCCACCUUUUCAAGCGGUUCAGUGACCUCACCAGUGGGCUGGAUAGUAAGGGUGGGAUUUCCAGGCUCUUACAGAGCUCCAUGUAUUCCUGCCUGUCUGUCUCAGGAUCUAUGCGGCUUCAACGGUAGCAAACCCGGACUGCCUGUACCUCUCACAGCCAUAGAAAGGCGCACAUACUGAACACUGGACCUCCUUUUUUUUCUACAUGCGACUCCAAUCGGAAUAAAUAAUUGAGGAAUGUGGAAAUUACAGAAUGCCCAACAGCGCUGGAAAGAGAUUUAAACCCACCAAAUACAUCCCAGUGUCCACUGCUGCCACUCUCCUUGUGGGAUCGACCACUUUAUUUUUCGUUUUCACGUGCCCCUGGUUGACAAAGGUAAUCUCUCCCGCUGUGCCUCUCUACAAUGGCCUGGUCUUCCUCUUCGUUUUGGCCAACUUCAGCAUGGCAACCUUCAUGGACCCUGGUGUUUACCCCAGAGCGGACGAGGACGAGGACAAGGACGAUGAUUUCCGUGCGCCGCUCUACAAGAACGUGGAGAUCAAGGGCAUUCAGGUCCGGAUGAAGUGGUGUGCCACCUGUCACUUCUACAGGCCGCCUCGCUGCUCGCACUGCAGCGUCUGUGACAACUGUGUGGAGGACUUCGACCAUCACUGUCCCUGGGUGAACAACUGCAUUGGACGGAGGAACUACCGCUACUUCUUCCUCUUCCUGCUGUCACUCAGCGUUCACAUGGUGGGAGUUUUCUCCUUUGGCCUCAUCUUUGUCCUUCACCACAGAGAGAGGCUGGGAGCACUGCACACUACCAUCACUCUGGUGGUGAUGUGUAUAGCAGGGCUUUUCUUUAUUCCAGUCAUGGGACUAACAGGUUUUCACAUGGUGCUUGUGGCUCGAGGUCGUACAACCAAUGAACAGGUGACGGGCAAGUUUCGUGGAGGGGUAAAUCCUUUCACCAAGGGUUGCUGUGGCAACGUGGAGUAUGUCUUAUGUAGUCCCCUGGCACCCAGGUACAUGCUGGACCCCAGGAAAAAGCCGCACGUCAAGAUUCAGCCCCCGUUCAUCAGACCAGACCUCUCAGACAGACAAAUCACCAUCAAGGUCAGCGACAACGGUAUCCAUGGCACCAUCAUCAGCUCCAAGUCUAAAAGCAGCCUCGAUGAUCUGGACGAUAAAGAAACCCAGCCCCCGCUGCCACCCAAAGCUGACAGGUACAACCAGCUGAAAAGCCAGAUGACCUCCAGCGAAGAGAGUUCUCUCUCUGGUAAGACCCAUCCAUCCACUCCAGCCAUGUAUAAAUACAGACCGUCCUUUGGCACCAUGCCAAAAGUCCACUACCACACUGCUGGAGAAAAGAUUGUAAUGCCAGAUGACCGUAAGACUUCGGCCAUCUUGGAAGAAGGUGUGCGUGGUCACGACUACCGAUCCGAGCCAAACCUGGACCUGCCUGAUUACGCUAAUGCUCCCCUCCACCGUACUUUCCAGUCCUCUCCUCUCCAGCUUGACUCCGACCCCAUCAACUCCCGCUCUCUCAGCCUGAAGCAGGGUCACCGUCGGCCAGAGAAGGGUCAACUCUCCGCCCUGCAGCCCCAGACAGUCACUUCCACCCCCUACAAGAGCGUCUUCUCUCCGAACACUCUCUCCAACCGUAAUGGUAGUCUGUCAUAUGACAGCCUGCUCAACCCCAGCAUCUCCCCAGCCACUGCCAACGAGUGUAUGGCCCACCGCGGUAUGCCCUCCAUGGGGUUCCACUCGCCCUACCUGCCCACCAAAAUGUGCCACAUCCGGGAACCUGAAAUACAGAGACAACAGGUUGCUCCCACCUACAGCCCAGUGAUGCCGCCCAGGGGUGUGGGCAGACAGUCCCCUCACCCAAGGGACAGGGACCCAUCACCUGUGCGCUAUGACAACCUCUCUCAAACCAUCAUGGCCUCCAUCCAGGAACGAAAGGAGAUGGAGGAGAGGGAGAAACGGCAGAUGCUGCAUGGGCGCUCCCAGACCCAUAUCUAUGCCCAGGACUCUGGCGUGUUUGAUGGGGGCUAUGGCCUCCCCCACAAUGUUUGCUACCCAGAUGGGCCUCGCGGCCCUGGUUCCAGAGGCCCAACACCCCCAGCCUAUGGAGGCUCCAGGGACAACCUGAUGGGGGUCGGGCUGGUGAGCUACGGUCAAAGAACCCCUGUGUUGCGCCAUGCCGGCUCCACACUGGGCCGCGCCACAAGGACUUCAUCCACCUCCUUGCACACAGACCACAGUAGCAGCAACAGCAGCCAUAGCAGAGCAGGCCCCGAGGGCCCCUAUCGCUCCCCAGCUCACCAGCCUCACUCCCCUGCUAUGCCCCGAUCCCCAUCCUAUUCCCACCAGAAACUCUCCUACAUCAAUGCCCAUGAGAGGACAGACUCACCUCGUCUGGGGGGCCCAAGAGAGGCCAUGAAAGUUAAUGGGCAGAUGGACUGCCACCCGAGUGCCCAGGGUGCCACCCUCAGCCCCAGUCGCCACAGUAACGUCAAAAAGGUGACGGGUGUAGGAGGCACCACAUAUGAGAUAUCAGUGUGAGCAGGGACACCACAUCCACCUCCAACGACAACAGCCAGCCCUGCUACAAAGAGAUUCUCUACUCUGUUAUUUUUGAUAAGAUAAUGGCCAGUCAGGGGCACAUAGUACUUGCUGCUUUGGAUUUAGUGUCCAAUCAGUGGAUCUGUCUGCUCUUGUGUGGGUCUGUCUAGCCAAAUGCCCAUGUGUGUUUGUACUGGAGGGGUAGGUUGUCAGUAGAUACCGCCGCAGACUGUACUGUACGUGUGUUUUGUCCAACGAGAUCGUCAGUGUUAUUAGUGUUGUCUCUCAGCUGUGGUCAUGAAGCGUUUAUGGUUCCAAAUGUCACACACAAACUUUGCUCCAGCAAAAGCUGAGGGCUGAACAAAAACACUGCAGAUGGAUUAAACACUGAUGUCCUCAAUAUGGACUUCUGCAAGAAGACUCUCUUCUGAGUCAGUUGACCUCAAGAAGUCAAGGUGCUCACAUUAACUUGUACUGUUCAUGCCAUCUACGGCAUAAGUGGUGGAGGUUUACAACUCUGAUAUGUGAUGUACAAGUGCAGAAAACACAACACAAAUGAGAAGAGAAACUGGGGAUAUUGGGAGGAAAGUCAUCUCAACAUAUCUGGUGGUUGCAUUCAUAAUUCACUGAGAGCGACUUGUUUUUAAAGGUCCCAUAUUGUGCCCUUUUUUAAAAAAAAAAAAAAGAAAAAAAAAGCAGAUUAAUGAAAGUCUCAUAUCUACACAAUGUGUCUUUUAGUUUUCAGGGAAAAAACAAUCCCAACAUGGUUCAUUUCACCCUGACCAUAUAACCUGCUUUCAGCCCUGAUCUAAAUGGGCUGUUUCAGUGUCUGUACCAUUAAAUACAGCUGAGCUGCUGCUGCUGUCCACAACUCCUUCAGGAAGAAGACUCUCUCUGCAUCUGCUUUGUUCAGUGUUUCACAGAGCAGACAAACCAGCGGAGUUGAUGUAUGGUGGCUGACAUACAGGUAUCAUUUUACAAGUAAAUAUAGGUAAAUUCUCAGCACAGUUGUUCUGAACUCACAUGUAUAGUGAGUUUGUCAGACUAGGCUCCGGUUAUAAAAUUAGUAUUUUAGCAGUGCAAAGCAGCAGCAUGGAAAUGUCUCUGAAGUGAGUGCUGGUGUGUCUUGAUGGGCUACGUUUCAGUCACUAUUUCAUAUACUCGCUCAAUUGUCUGACAACAGAAAAACGCAUACAUGUGAACAACUUCAUUGGAAAUCUGGCUGCAUUAGAAUGCAGCAUAUGUUAGUACAGGGAGUUUGACAGAAACGGAUGUAAACACAGGCUGAGUUUAGGUUGCACUGAAGCACAAAAGGCGACAUGAAAACACAGUAACCCACCCAGACCUUGUUUAUUGAUUUUACAUCAAUAUUAAAGUUUCCACUAUCUCUGAAUGCCCCUCACAGAGUGUCCUCCACAGACCUCAGACCUGUGUGUAUACCAUCAAAGGUGAUGGUAGCACAACAUACUUUAGCUGCACAAUGUGCUAACACUAAGGAUUGUCCUAUUGUUGUGGGGUUAUUUCUUUCAAAAAUAAAAGUAACCGACUGUGUCUCAGUUCUCAGAUGCUGGGAGUGCAUGAAGAUUGUUGCGUUGACCCAGUUUCUACAUAGAAAAUGGCAAAAACUCUUACUGACUUAUAAAGCUGGGAGGCCAUCUAGUUGAGGUGGGCCUAGUGGAAUGGCUGUGGUAAGCAUCGUCAUAUUCUCACAGUUUUUAAGUUUAUAAAACAGGCCAAACACCAUAAAAAUGCAUUUUCACUAUAUGGAACCUUUAAUGAAAAGAAAAACAAAUUUACUUAAUCUGCGUUCGAAAAGAUUCUCAGGAAUUAAUGCAACCAGCAGAGAUGCUAACUGACAUGAAUUCAUACAAUAUGAACGUCUUUCUUUUGUGUCAGUCAAGUACAGAUGAUUUUUAGGGCUUGAAAAUAGCUUGGCCCCCUUUACUCCUGUCAUGGAAGUGCAGUAUGUGACCGUAGGCUUCAGUUUGUUUUCUGAGCUGGGCAAUUUCAUCAUGACACAAGCGCUGGGCUGAUAUAUUUGCGUUCUGAAAGACCAGAAUACCUCAUCCCAACGUUUCUUACCGAAUCCAGAACGAGCCUGGCCAUGCACUACCAAAACAAAUUUUCUGUUAAAGGUUUGUCUAACAAAAAAAGAAGAAAAUUAUGUAGUAUGUAAGUUUGUGCUAUAAUCACGAGUGGAAGGGUGUAAAGAAUCCAGUCAUUGUCUCAUGUAGUUUAAAAAAAAGACAAGUGGUCAGCCAUUUCAUUUUUUUCAUCCAUGUUUCCUUUUUAUAUACCCAACCUUUCAAAAGCUAUGUUUGAUACAUCUUUUUUAUACAGAUACUUAAGCCUGGAAUGGGUGUUUUAUUUUGAGUGGAGUUUCUUUUUCCCCUUUUAUUCAUAAAUUAUGAAUUCAGUAAAUAAAUGAAAUAUUGACUAAUGAGUAAAUCUAGAAUUAAAUAUAGCUUCUUCUACCUUGCAGUGUAAAAAAUGUAUGAUGAAUAGUAAUUAAUAGAUAUGUGAUGCAGAGGAAAUGAAAUAUUAAAGUCACAAUCCUUGACUAGUGAGCAGUCAAUGCUAAACUGCCAACAUGUGCUGUACACAAUUCAAGAAUCAGGCUUUACAUUAAAGCUGCCUUGAGAUUUCAGUGCCGAAAGCGGCCACACACCCCCUUAGAUUCUCAAAGACAGCAAAAGUGACAUCAUGGAGAGAGAAAAUGCCAAAUCGGUUUGCAUUAGCUGUCUGGUACAGCUCUGGCAUUACCCACCACUUGAGAGGUAAAUGGAACUUUUUUUCUCUUGACGUUUAACCAUAAAAAUAACUGACAAUGUUGAAACGGACAAUGACAAAAUGCCAGAAAUUACAUGGAUGUAAAAUGUUACAUUUGCAUUAAGAAUAAACCAUUGUUGCCUUUUGGGGAAAAAAGAAGCUGUUUCAUACACGCUGAACUAUGGCUGAAACACUAUUGUACACUACAGUGAAACACCAUAAGUGUUUUGUAUUGAGCAGCAAGUGACACUUCUCAGACUGAGUACUUACAAAGUUGUGACAGAAAGGCAGAUGUACAAAGUGAUAUAUGGUCUUGUUUGUUAUGAAUUAACAUUACUUUUUACUUUGUUUUUAGUUUAUUUUUUCUGAUACACACGUAGUUCAUUUUCUCCAAAGGUCACAGCAUAAAGGCCAAUAGCUGUGGUAGAGUUGCUUUCUGCCAAAAAUGGGAUAUUGUUGAGACUCGCUGUAGUUACUACCUUCUAGCGAGCAGGUCUCCCUUUUAAGGUCUCACCCAGCUGCCUUACCUUCAAGACAGUAAAGUAACACAAGACAGUCUGUUGAAGUCAUGUAUUUCGGAAAUGUUGAACAUAGUUUCAGUAGUACGGCUGUGGUAUACAGGGCUAGCUUUUUGUCAAAUCUAAUGAGUAGGAAUGUCAGCGGAAUAGCAAACUGGAGCAUCUUGAAAUACCAGACCAGACCGUUAGCUGCUGAGUUUCCUGAAAAUCCCCGUCUGUCAUGACUCUCAGACCAGUCUGACCACAUAUCAGAAUGCUAUCGAUGUCAUUCCUCUUUAAGAUGACUGCCAUUACUCCAAUGUUCUUUUUCUGGGAUGGACAUCACUGCAGGUCAGGGGCCAUUCCUGACAGUCAGCAAUGACUCUGUUCUUUCAGCCACGAGCUGAUGUUUUCUGAAACUCGUAUAGAAAGUUCAAUAUGUAUUAAAAUAUAGAAUAUACUAUAACUGUACAUGCGUUCCUAUUUUUGUGAAGAGGAAAUAUUUCCCAAUGACCUGAGCAGAGUAAAUAAAGUUUCCAAAUCUUUGAGUGAA